AUGUCAGGCAGUAACUCAAAGAACAAGGCUCGCUCCAAAAAGCAGGAGGGAUGGGAGGAAGCUGGGGGGGAGUUCUAUCAGGAGCUGUACCCUGGAGGGGAGCAGGAGCUGUUCGAUAAUCUGCAGAGAGCUGAUGCUGCUAAACUUGCCACGUUGCUGCCAAGCAAGCAGGCUCGGAAUACUACGACGGUGAAACGCGCGCGUUCGCAGAAUGAGCGCCGACAGUCCACUUACGCACGGACCACACAGAGCCGAGACAUACAUCUGUCUAUGCUGCCGGAUUUAUCAGAGAACCUAUCGAACGAGGAGCGAACAUGGGAGGAGAUCAUGCAGAUCAAGGCUAUGCCGGUACCCAUGAACCAGAAACGAGAGCUCAAGGCGAGGUUACAGAACGCCACAAAACUCCGCCUGCAAGGCUUCGAGCAGCUACAAUGGAGACAACGCAAGGUCUGGCAUCGGUUCAGUAUAAGAUUCUCAGAAAUAGUCGGCAAACUGGAACUCUGGCAGUCCCCCAUGAGAGAGAUCGAAGGCAAGUUCGGGACCGGCGUAGUCUCUUACUUCCUCUUCCUACGAUGGCUGCUAUUCCUAAACCUAGCCAUCUCAGUAAUAAUAAUACUAUUCAUGAUACUCCCAAAGACUUUACUCCACGAAAUACAUUACCCAUGCGAAGAUUAUGAACAGAAUUCCACUAUAUGCUGUUCCAACUACUAUAUGACGAAGAAUUUGACCGAUUCCAACGUGUUUUUCGACGUCAUCCAAGGUACUGGGUGGAUGGAACGAACUAUAUUAUUCUAUGGCGUCUACACAGACCAAAUCUACUCAUAUUAUAUCGCAAAUUUGUUCCAAAGUGAGCUUUAUUAUAAUAUGCCUAUGGCUUAUAUUCUUGUGGCUAUCUCGUGGGUUUUAUUAUCUUUGAUUGCCAUUGUCAAAACAGCGGCAAAAGGUUUCAAAGAGCGGUUAGUUGAGAAUGAAGGACAGUUUUACAAAUAUUGCAAUUUAGUCUUCGGUGGCUGGGAUUUCUGUAUCCAUAAUGAUAAAUCAGCUAAAAUUAAACACAAAGGUAUAUAUAAUGAGGUAAAAGGAUACCUAGAGGAGGAAAAAAUUAAUGAGGAAAGACAACUGAGGACUAGGGAGUCGCAAAUAUUGAUAUAUUUCAAGCGUUUGAUAGUCAACAUAGUAGUUUUUGUGAUCCUCAUAGCUUCAGGCGUCCUUAUAUACUUCACUUUUAACUAUUCCACUGACAAAUUAAACGAAGAAACCUCUAAAUUUAAUGAAAAUCUGAAUGAGGUACACAUAGAUAAUUCCAACCAAACUCACACUGAAAAAUUCACUCUAAGGCUAUACAAGGAAGGUGGACUAUUCUUUGGCCAGUUAGAGAACACGUUGUUAGAAUUUUUACCCUUUAUAUGUAUAGUAGUUUUAAACUUAAUAGUACCAGAAAUAUUUAGUUAUUUAAUAAAAUUUGAGUCUUACACUCCUGCUUACGUUUUAAUCAUAACUUUAUUGCGAACAGUUUUACUUAGACUGUCUUCUUUAGCCGUGCUUCUGAGUCAAAUGUACACAUAUGUAAGAGAUAACGGGUUUGUUUGUUCUUACAAUAACAAUGACCCUUCAAAACUAGACUGUUGGGAGACCUAUGUAGGCCAGCAACUAUAUAAGUUGAUCCUAACUGAUUUCGCAGUACAAUUUGUAACGACGUUUUUCAUUAAUCUACCCAGAGCGUUUGUAGCGAGACAUACGAACAGUCGGUGCUUCAAAAUGAUAGGCGAACAGGAUUUCUAUCUACCUAAACAUGUUCUAGACAUAGUUUACACACAAACUAUAAUAUGGAUGGGUUCAUUUUUCUGUCCAUUUCUACCAAUCAUUGGAACUAUAUUUUAUUUUUUAAUAUUUUACAUUAAAAAGUUCACCUGUCUGACGAACUGUACGCCGUCUCCAGUCGUGUAUAAAGCGUCAAAAUCCAAGUCCCUAUUCAUGUCCGUAUUACUCCUAGGUUUUAUAGUGUCCAUAGCUCCGGUAGCUUACUCCGUGGCUGAAAUAUUUCCAUCAGUAAACUGCGGGCCUUUCAGAGGCUAUGGGAACGUUUGGGAAUUUGUUGUGCAGACGUUUGAGGGCUUUCCUUUCGUUAUUAGGGAGUUUAUAUUCCGGUUAGGCACAUCUACGUUCGCAGUACCAGCAUUUGCGGUCUUACUUUUCUUUCUAUACUAUUAUUGGGCUGUUGCAGCCGCUAAUAGACAUAUGGUUACAGUUUUAAAGAACCAACUCGUUCUAGAAGGCCAUGAUAAGCAGUUUCUUCUAAAUAGAUUAAGUGCUUUCAUAAGACAGCAUCAGAAACGCUGUGAGCGAAGGAACAGAGCCAGUUUUGCUGAUGAUGAUUCCAUAAGACAAAGUUCCCGGUAA